CAACCCCACAGAGAGCUGGAUCCUUCACCGCACCCUGGUAAGGGUUCUUCAGACUCCAGAAGUGUGUUCAAUCGACCGCAUGCCGUGUGUCAAAUAAUAAGGCUGAGCCUGUUUCAGCGACAGGUGAGUUGAUUGAUCAGUGUGCUGUUGUCCAAAUUUGCUUAUUGCUUGCCAGGGAGGUAAUCUUGAUCAGUUUGAUGACGGAGCUCCCCUGGUUUGCAGAGCUUGGCCACGCGAAGGUGUGGAGCAGCAAGCAGCUGGUACUGCUCCAUCAACCAGACUCAGUCAGAAG